UUUUUUUUCACCCCCCUCUUCAUUAAAAAAACAAAUGAAUGUUGAUUACUUUAAACAGCAUCGCAUUUUUCUGUAUGAAUUAAUUGCUAGGUUCAGAUUACACACAGCGUAAAUGAACGAAUCAAUUGAGAUGAGAAAAUUAUUUCAGUAUUGCAAAUAAAUUAUUUGGUUUUUUUCCCCAAUAUGUGGCGUGUUUGUGUUAAAUGUGUCAAGUGGGCUUUAGACAAAGCAAUUGGGAAGAGGUUAUCUUGAUGCGUUUUGCAAAUCGGGGUCAGCCAUCAUUCAUUGGGUCAGUGGGUCCCGACAUUCAGUGCCCAAAACCUGGCGGACCCAAUUGAGAGGGAGCUCAUCAUGGGGCAGGUCAAAGUCAAUGCUCUAAUAAGAUUUUGCCUUUUGGAUAAAAAAUUUUUUUUUAAAGUGAAGCCGACGCCUACCAAUACUACACGGAAGGAAACGACCAAUUACCGUCCGUUGUCUUCACACAAACAUGUUAUGACUCUGGCGACGUGAUGCAAUAAACGGGGUGCGUGUGUUUGUGUGUGUGGGUGCCUCAUGUCCUUGUUUAUCUCGCCUUCCUGAUAAGAUGAACCUUCACCAAAGAGGCUGCUGCAACAAAGCGGCUUGCGGUGUCAAAACAGCGCACCCGCAGCCAAUCAUGUUAUUCCCUCCUUCAUUGAAACAUCUUCAAGGCACAUGUUUUGCUAACCUCUUCAGUCAGCGAUGACUAAAACGCCCCCUCCCCGCCACGCCACGCCAGCCCAGCUUGUUAUGAUGUCCAAUCACCGCGUCCCAAAGUCAAUAUUGACCGCAGACCCCGUGAACCUUCAACCACGCACGUCAAGCGAGGUCAGCCUACUGUUUACCGCUGCUAUGUCACAAAUAUUUUAUAUCUGUAGGCGGUCGGUCAAUUAUUAACACUAGUCGGAGGCCAGACGAAUGCUUAAAUACGAGCGCGCGGGGAGACGGGGACAGAAAAAGUGCAAAGCGUUGACAUGUGUGGAUUACACGCCAAGAAGAUGCUGGUGACGGCCGUGGUUUUGGCAGCGGCGGUGGCGGCGGUCGGGUCAUCCCCCGUGGUGGGCCCCGAGCCAAUUCGCUGCGCCCCCUGCACGGAAGAGAAGCUGAGCGAGUGUCCCGCCGUGCCGAGCGGCUGCGGGCAGGUGCUCAGGGAGCCGGGCUGCGGCUGCUGCAUGGCCUGCGCCCUAGAAAGGGGGAACGCCUGCGGGGUCCACACGGCCCACUGCGCCAGCGGACUGCGCUGCAUGCCCAGGCCCGGCGAGGCCCGACCUCUCCACGCCCUCAUCCGGGGCCAGGGGCUCUGCACCGAAGACCAAGCGGAAGCUGAAGAGGAAGCAGACCGCAGCUCCUUGCAGGACAUGCUGGGCUUGGCCAACCAAGAAGCCGCCGACACCCAGGAGAGCAUCAAGGCCAAAGUGAACGCCAUCAGGAACAAACUGCUGCAGCAGGGGCCUUGUCACAUUGAGCUGGGCGCCGCCUUGGACGCCAUCGCCAGCUCACAGCAGAACCUUGGUGAGAAGUUCACCACCUUCUACCUCCCCAAUUGCGACAAGCACGGCUUCUACAAAGCCAAGCAGUGCGAGUCAUCUCUGGCGGGACCACCCGCUCGCUGCUGGUGCGUGUCGGCUUGGAACGGCAAGAUCCUCCUCGGGACCGGCGACAUCACCGGAGACUCGGAGUGCCACCAGGAAGUCACUCACUGAAGUAGGAAAUGAGCCGCAAACACUCGCUCGCCCGUGAGGACACUUUGGUCCCUUCAUGAAGAGUUGUAAAUUAUUUUAUUUAUUCACGGCAAGUCUCUUUUUUUUUCUUUUUUUUAAAAACUGUUUUCACAUCUUUUUUUUGCUGUCUUCAAUUGUAAAUAGGGCAACACUGUAUACAUUUGUAUUUCUGACUAAAUAACUCCAUUCCUCCAAAACCACAACCCUGUAACCACUGCCAAGCCCCAUUUCAGGGCCUUUUUUUUUUUUUUUUUUUACAAUUCAUUCACAUCAACACAGCGGCUCAUUCAUGCAACAUGUUGACAUUGUCUACACGCAUCUUCAUUUCCUCAAUAGGGGAUACUUAAAGUGCCGCAAGUAUGUGUAUGCUGGUCAAGCACAAACAUAUCAGAGCUCAUCCAAGCUUCUACAUUUGUCUACCUCUGCAGUUACCCUCCUUUUUUUUCUUAUCCACAGCGUUACUGCUUUUUUUUGUCAUUCUAUCAUUUAUUCAAAUAUUUAUUAUGUAAUAUUGCAAUGUUUAUCCUUUUGUAAUCGAGGACUCGUGUCCAGCAGUUACUGUAUAUUCUGUUAUUUAUGUAUAUAUGUCAAAUAUCCAGUUCUGCGCAAAAGUUGUUUUUGCCAAAACAACAUAUGUAUUAUAGAAUCAGAAAAGACAUGAUUAAAAAGUAGAAAGUA